AUGUUGCUUGCAGCACUCACGCUACUGUCGUAUGGGAAUGUGCCACCCCAGCUGGAGAGCAUUGCUUCGGUUGCACCGCAAUCUGCGUACGACCGGGCGUGGUUUGCUCCUGCGGGAGGAACGCUUCACAGUGACACCUCGACGACCAGCGCUGCUCCCGGCAGUGCAGCAACCCACGCCAGGAGUACCGAUGAGACGCUGCCAGCCAACCAAGCUCAUCUGGGCGAGGUCGUCGCGGCGCUGAUUGCGCACUGCCCGGGUGAGCAAGCGCGGCGCCUUCCCGAUGCUCCAGCCGUCGUUGGUGGCUGGCCAGUCCCAGGACCUGCGCAACGCCGUCUCGCCAUGCUCACUGAUGACAACCAGUCGCUGCACAAUCACCAGGCAGGCAGCCAGGACGACAGCAGCACAGCGGGCCAGAGUUUGGUUGCUGAGCAGCAAGCGCAACAGCCAGAGCGCGGCCGUCCUCGUCGAAAGAUGACUCAGCUGGACGAAUUUGACCUUCCAGCCACGAAUGAGCAACAACUUGCUGAGCAGUCCUCACAGCAACAUCAGCAGCAAUUGGGAAUGAUAGACACUGCCAAUACGCAGCCAGAGCAACAGGCAGAGGCCGCCGAGUCCAGAGAGCUGCUGCUUCGCCAGCAAUUAUCAUCAUCGGGGGCUGGUGGAGACACCUCACCCGUUCGCCAGGGCGGCGUUCUUCUGCCGCAGCAACAGCCGCCUGGAAAAAUGCCAGACAGCCACCAGCAGCAAGCGCAGCCAAGCCCGUCUCCAGCGCGCACAUCGAACUCGGCAGCCGAUCAAACUGUCGCAGCCAUACAAGCUAGCAACCGAAUCACGCCCACCAUCCCCGCAUUCGAGUCCUAUCGCUACAGCACCACACUGACCAUGUUUGUUAUUGCAGACAUUGCGACAUUCGACUUGCUGGAACCCGAACUGCGCGCGAUUAUGCCAGACCGCCAGAGUUGGCGAGUGGAUGUCGACGAAGUACAGCCGCAGCUGAUUCUCAUCCAACCGUCUUGGACGCAUCGCUGGAGGGACGAUUUGUUCAGCAGCAACGAAAGCACAGCGCUUAUUCAGAUGGUCGAGUACGCGCGCUUGACGUACGGCACAAAGAGCAUUUACUGGAACACGGAGGAUCCACACCAUUUUGACCAGUUUGUGCACAGCUCGAUCUUGCGCCAUGUCGAUGGUGUCUUUACAACAGAAGAGCAAUGUGUCGCCAAGUACCGUGCCGUGCUGGGACACGAGCGUGUCGGGUUGAUGCCGAUGGGAGUCCAGCCGGCGCGCGUCAACCCGAUCGGCAUGUACCGACCGAGAACGAAAGGGUAUGCAUUUGCGGGCACCUACGGCUUCCAAGACAAGUUUCUCUCACGCACGCAAUGGCUGGACAUGAUGCUGUUGUCUGCGCGAGAGCGAGGCCUGGUUAUUUACGAUCGAAACUCGCAUGUCACAUCGGAUGCCGUCCUCAAAUUUCCGACUGUCGUCUACGGCGAUCUCAUUCGGCCGUCUCUACGCUUCAACGAGACGAUUGCAGCUUAUCAAUCGCACGAUGUGCAGAUUAACGUCAACUCUGUGAUGGAUUCGCACACGACCUGCUCACGCCGUGCACUCGACGCAACCCUGCGAGGAACGCCGGUUCUCUCGUCACCGAGUCCAGCAAUGGCAAACUUUCUGGGGCAAGACGGCGUUGUGGAAAUCCAUUCCCCAGAUGACGUGGUGCAAGCCAUGCAGAGACUCGACAAUUGCUACAACUAUGCCGUCUCAUCUGCGCUCCCUCAAACGCGCUUUAUUACUUUUCCAAACGUCCGCCAUUACUAUGGCCGCAACUUUUUCCGCGACUUGUUGCCUGCGUUUGACUACACGUUUGCCGCCAUUGUUGGCAAGAGCAGCGUGUACGCCACACUGCAGAGGGACGACCCCACACGCGCAUGCCACCAGCAGCUCGAUGCGUUGCUCGUGUCCGAUCUUGCUCACGCCUAUCCUUCCAUAGGACUGACGCAUGAGACGCUUGGACUCGAACUCUAUCGUCCAGAGCUGCAGAACGAGUAUGUCGAUUCGUUGGGCGUUGCGGUUACUGCCGUAUUCCGGAUGGAUGUUUUCCAGCAGCUCCAGUUUGCUCGAGACGUGAAUCGCCCUCUCGAGCAAUUGCUGCGCCGAGCAACUCAGCGCAAGAUUGUCAUGUACUCGACCAAUCGACACAACUUCAUCCUCAACAACCAAUCGGGCGAGUGUAGCCUGCCCGUCAUUUCAGACAGCGCCAUCGCGUUCACUUCGUGGUAG